AUCCACAAUACCAGUGAAACCAGUGCACGUGCUCACGAGAGACCCUCAUCGUAUUUCCUCCACUACCACCGGCAGCCUCCACUGGCGUUUACCCUCUGGAAAAUGAAAAGUUUUCUGUUGUGCUCAUAUCAUGCAAAUUAUCACUAGUAGGAGGGCAGAGAGCAGAAGAGUUCCAGAUGUAGAUGCCCAUAAGAUAAAGGAGCCCAGAGCCGUUAGAUGCAGGAGCAGAUGUAUAGGGUUUGCCUGACUCAUCCUCAAGGUUGCAUAAGCAAGAUUUCAAAAUUAAUCCUGCUCUGAAGACCUCGACCCAGUGUACAACGUUCCUGGCUAGAAAAGAAGAACUAUAUUUUUCUAAUUUUUUUUUCAACUCUUUACCAUUACUUGCCUUUGUAUCUCCGCCUUCUCUUUCUGCAAGAAACUGUAUUUCCUACUUCUGCAUACCAAGUUUCUACCUCGAGAUCUGUUUGGUUCAGUUGCUGAGAAACCUGACACACCAGUGCCGCCUGGGAGAAGCCAUCCACCGAACAGAGGAAAAUGGAUGACAAGGACACAUCUCCCCAGUUAAUCCGCAGCACGUCGUCCCCGUAUCAUUCUCUGUUUGCAAGAGAUGGCGACAUGAACAGCGAGGAAGCCACCACCGUGUACGACUAUGAUUACGGGGCGCCUUGUAACAAGUUCGACGUGAAGCAGAUCGGGGCCCAGCUCCUGCCCCCACUCUACUCGCUGGUGUUCAUCUUCGGGCUUGUGGGCAACUUGCUGGUCGUCCUCAUCCUGAUAAACUGCAAGAAGCUCAAGAGCAUGACGGACAUCUACCUGCUCAACCUGGCCAUCUCCGACCUGCUCUUCCUGCUCACCAUCCCGUUCUGGGCGCACUACGCCGCGAACGGGUGGGUCUUGGGGGACGCGAUGUGUAAGCUGUUCGCAGGGCUGUAUCACGUGGGCUAUUUUGGCGGCAUCUUCUUCAUCAUCCUCCUGACCAUCGACAGAUACCUGGCUAUCGUCCACGCCGUGUUUGCUCUGAAAGCCAGGACGGUCACCUUUGGGGUGGCGACAAGUGGGGUCACCUGGAUGGUGUCUGUGUUAGCCUCUGUCCCAGGAAUCAUUUUUACCAAAUCCCAUAAAGAUGAUUCUGUUUACUUCUGUGGCCCUUAUUUUCCACUAGUGUGGAAGAAUUUCCAUACGAUUAUGAGGAACGUCUUGGGUCUGUUCCUGCCCCUGCUCGUCAUGGUCAUCUGCUACUCGGGGAUCCUGAAAACCCUACUUCGGUGUCGAAACGAGAAGAAGAGGCACAAGGCUGUGAGGCUCAUCUUCGCCAUCAUGAUUGUGUACUUCCUCUUCUGGACCCCCUACAACCUCGUCAUUCUCCUGAGCACCUUCCAGGGCUUCUUUGGCCUGAGCACCUGUGAGAGCACCAGUCGCCUGGACCAAGCCAUGCAGGUGACAGAGACUCUCGGGAUGACACACUGCUGCAUCAACCCUGUCAUCUACGCCUUCGUCGGGGAGAAGUUCAGAAACUACCUCUUAGUCUUCUUCCACAAGCACAUCGCCAAACCCUUCUGCAAGUGCUGUCCGAUCUUCCAGCGAGAGAUCCCUGAGCGAGCAAGCUCAGUUUACACCCGGUCCACCGGGGACCAGGAAAUAUCUGUGGGCUUGUGACCUGGACUCAAGUUGGCUUAUGACCAGUACCCAGCUGUGCACAGGACUCGGUUUUUACACACAUCCUGGGGUGGGAGAGGUUCUUUCAAAACGGAAGUUUGCUGUCAUAGAGGGUCUAAGAUUCAUCCAUCUAUUUGGCAACUGAGUUGAGUGUAUUAGAUCUUUUAAGUCCAUCAAUUCUAGACAGUCAAAUCAAAAUAUGUUGAUGAAAUAGUAACCUUCUCAUCUCCUCUCCACCUACAUCAAGUUAUUGGCAAACUCUGCCUCCACUGCAAAAGUUCACUAUAUGUAUAUAUAAAAAAAUCCUUAGAGAAUUCCUUAUUUUUGCAUUUAGUUACCUGAAUAGAAAUAACGAAAUUCAUUGAGGAAUGUAUUAUAUAGCAAGGCAAUCAAUAUACAAGUUGUAAAUGUGCUUAAAACAGGUCUUUGUCUUGCUUUAUGGGAGAAAAGACAUGAAUGUGAUUAGUUAAGAAAUGACGUCUUUCACUUGUAAUUUCCCCUCCAAGUUAUGUUUAAUGAACUCCACCCACUUUUAGGACCAGGUGAGAACUCUGCGGACUGGAAGAGAUGGAGGAGGAGGAAGAGGUUUAGGUCAAGAAGAAAAGGGGUUGGUGUAGGAGGAUGAGCCUGGCUUUCUGAGCUUGAACAGAGCCUUAAACAGAGAAACCCCCACUGUCUUUCACUGAAGGCCUUCAGUCUAGUCCUUUUCAUCCCAGCUCGAAUAGCAAGGGGUCACCAGGAAGCUUUGAAACACUAGAUUUAUGAAUACAUGAGCGUGAGGUCAAGGAACUUAUUUCAGAUCACAUGUGAGAUCUAACUGAGGAUUGACUACAUAGUCUAUUAAAAUCCAGAGUUCUGUAAGCAUUGAGCAAAGAGGCCCCAAAGAGACGAGGGCAACCAGAAAGACUGGCAUGCUGCCUGCCCAGGGCACACCACGGUGGGUUUUCUGGAUUUUACUAUCAAUAGGCAAAGGGGGGAGGGAACACAUUCAUUUGGAAACAAGCUGCCUUGAGCUUUAAAACCCACGAAAAGUACAAUUUACCAACCUCCACAUUUUGGGUUGAGUGUGGGGGCUUUAGAUACUCUUUCUAGAUGCCUUCUCCAGACAAACUGCACCCAAACACUAAGGGACUUAUUCAUUUAAAAGGGAGAGUUAGGACUGUUUUGUGUGUGUGUGUGUGUGUGUGUGUGUUGCUUCUUAUAUGAUUGUGCACAUACCUGAGAUUGUUUUGAAUUGGAGGGCAGCUAAAGCCACCGUAGCACGGAUUAGGUGAAGAGACAAAGUGGUGAUCAUCACUGAGGAAGUGCAGGUGUCAGAAUAAUAUGAGGUGUUACUGACUUCUCUCACGCUCUGAGCAUGAAAGGUGAGCCUUGUGGCUGCUGUCAGGAAGCAAAUAGAUGGAAUUGCCUUUCACUUUGUUGUCAAGGUUGCUGAGAGUGUGGGAGUAGCCUAGGACCCUAGCCUCUGGAUCUGGUCAAGGAUACGCUGACAUGCUGGUGGGUAUUUGUGUAUUCUUAUGUAUCUAGAAAUUUACAAAUCACUCAGAAGAAAAUAUGCAUCUAAUAAAAACCACCCUGUAAAAUAA